AUGCAGAUGUACGUGGACAUGCUGGAGUACGUGGACAUGCUGGAGUACGUGGACAUGCUGGAGUACGUGGACAUGCAGAUGUACGUGGACAUGCUGGAGAACUUGGACACGCUGGAGUACGUGGACACGCUGGAGUACGUGGACAUGCUGGAGUACGUGGACAUGCUGGAGUACGUGGACAUGCUGGAGUACGUGGACACGCUGGAGUACGUGGACAUGCUGGUGGCAUCCCCAGCCAGAAGAGAAAGUUCAGCUCACUUCAACUCAGAGCCUCACUGGAAGCAGCUGCUGGCUCCACAGCUCGUCUCCGUCACCCUCAUUUUCAUCUCCGUCCUCCUCCGAGUCCUCCUCCUCAGGCGUCCUCCCAUGGCGAGCUCCUCCAAAUCCUCCCAGACGAUGAAGAACGUGGUGAUCGCCCUGCUGUCGCUCUGGUCCCUCAUCUCGCUCAUCAUCAUCGUGGUGUGGUCGACGUCUCCGGACCUGAAGAGCAUCGCCCAGUGCCGUACCAAGCUGCAGGACGCGACGGAGAAGCUGGAGGGGGCCAAGGUGGUGUGGAACAAGGAGAAGGUGGCCAUGGAUAAGCAGGUGAAGGAGGCCAGGGAGGAGCAGACCCGCCAGGGAGCCGAGAUCCGGCUGUUGCUGGGACACCUCAAUGCCACCAACGCCUCCCUGGAGGCGUGCCAACAGGAAACUGUCGAACUGAACAUGAACGUCAGCGUCCUGCAGGAGAACGUCAAUCAGCUCCGUCAGACGGAGGCGAACCUCACGGCCCAGCUCCGCCUGCAGGAAGGUCAGAUCGAGGCCCUGCAGCAGAACCUGACCCAGGCCUUCCACCAUGCCCAGGCCUGCCUCCGUCUGAGGGAGGCUGCUCAGAGUCAGAUGUUGGCGGCCGAGAGCGAGAUCAAAGCCUGCAAGUCCCAACAGCAGUACCUGCAGAAACAGCUUCAGAAGUGUAAAACUGACACCUCUGAAGCUACGGAGCAGAAGCCGCAGAAGGACGCCCCCUCCUCCUCCGACUAUUCCGCCGCCUCGCCCCUGGCUGGUAUUCCUGCGCUUCUGCUGCUCGUUUGCAGCGCUCUGCAUCUGAUUACUUGAGCUCAGCGUGGCGGACGGCCGUUUCGGUGGCGAGCACUGCGGCCCGGGACCGGGGGUGGAGCCUGGACGGACUUAACGACUGCUGUACAAACUCCCGUCUACACAACGAACAGACAGAUCGCCAUGGAGACGCCGACGUCCUGCUGCUGUAUGAUUGGACACAUACUUUGCUUUAAGUCGAACAGCUGAGACGUUCACUGACUGUUAGAGAGUCUGCUGCCUCACCACUGUUUCCUCAAAGCUUUACAGAGAUCAGUGCUUCUACUUUCUGUCGCUGGUUUCUAC